GGACAAAAUUCAGUGGAAAACAUUUCAAUCGAUAUUUUAUAUACCAUGGAUACAUUUUGCAAAUUUCUAAGUGACGAUCUGUUUUGUUUGCUGAAACAGAUUUUAAGCAAUCUGGGCUUUGCAUCUUCUACUACCGAUUCUGAUGAGGCUUUGGACUUAAAAAGAGUUAAGAGAAAUUUCGAUUUUGGAGGACGACACUUGGUAACUCAUCCUAGUUAUACAAUAAGACACGAGUAUCCAGGUCCUUUGAUCACCUACGAUGGUGAAGAGCGUUGUGAACCACGCUUAAUACGCUUUUCCGAUUUGAACCGAAGUACAUUGGACCUAAUUUUUAAGGCUUAUAAGGAGGAAAAUGAUGAAAUGAAUGAAGAGGAACUGGAUAUGGAGGAACAUUGUGAGGAGAAGAAGAAACGAAGUACCGAGUGUAAAGAUCCUUGUAAGAAAAAACCCAGAUGUAAAGUAAAAUUCCAGGAAAAACGAAAUUCUCGCUGUCAAACCACUUUUCCAAGAGACGAAGACUGUUUUGAGGAAUAUUCAGAGGAUGCUUCAGAACAAAAAGAGGGUUUCAACAAGAAACUUUUGUAUUUUAUUAAGACUCUCUUUCCCAAGAGAAAAUGCUUAAGCCAGAGCAGGUUAAGUGGUGGAAAGGAGGAGUCCAGCGGCUUCGAUGAAAGUCCACCCACUAAAGAGGAAAUCAAAGAGUUGGAUAAUUGCGCCAAGGCUUUUUAUGAAGACUACAUAUUAUCGAUAAAGAAUUUACCAUCCUGGGAGUCUUUGAAACCAGCGGCAAAGCUGCGUUUCCAAUGGAAAGCUCUAACAGGCGAAGAUCUGAAGGAAACUCCGUAUGAAAAUUUCAGUGCGGAUUUCACCAGGAGUUUUCGCGAGGCUUUUCCAGCUGCUUCCGAUUCGAGGCUUAGAAUAAAGAGGAAAAACACCUGGUACCGCAUGGAUCGCUGCCAGCGGCUGCCCUUUAUUCUGCAGGCUCUACUGUACCAAGUGGCCAUCGGUGCCCUCGAUCCCGAAGAUCACUGUGCUGUUCGAGAACUUUUUCACAAGCUGCGAUAAAGGAAAAAGUGCGUGUUUUCCAUUUCCAUUUCGAACGUUUUAUACGAACCAGAUGUGUUUCUAUUUUCGUGCUGAGCCUCAAGAAAUUCGCAGUUCUUUUAUUUUGCUCUUGAACCAGAUUUUUUCGUGGAGAAUAAAUGGAUCCCCCUGCUUUUUCCAAGGUCGUUCCGCUGACAUGGCAUUGGCACUCGAUUAACAAUUAAAGCAGCCGCCUUCAAGGUCGCGCAGAAUUAAGAUGGAAAUUCUCAAGCAAUUUCUCCCGGUGAAGAAGAAAACUUCGGAAAUCAAUUUCCCAUGCGCAUACAUUAGCAAUAAAAAUUUGUUGUACCCCCUGAAACAGAAACAAAUAAAACAAACGAGAAGUAAA